ACGCGAGUCAGGCACACAAAGACGAUCUGACAGCCAGUUGUAUCUUAGACUCGGUGGUGUCGCUACGCGUUACUUUUUCUGCACAUAUGUUCAACUCUCGUCGUGCCCGACAGUAACCUGCUGUUGCCGAAACUCGUUUGACGGACGUCUAAUCUAUCAAAUAUAUUGUCAUGGUGACCUCCUGAAGAUGGUUCAGAUGGCCCGAGUCUUCAACGACUCUAAACACUUUGUGGAUAUGUCCCUGAAGAGGUCGCCCGUGGAGACUCUUGACGCCUUCCAUGAUUUCAUCAGGAAUGUUGGACAGAACCCAACCAAGGAGCAGGUCGAAGAAUUUGUGAGGAACAACUUCAAUGAGCCAGGAUCUGAGUUUGAGCCCUGGGUUCCUGACGAUUGGAUUCCAAAUCCUGAGUUCCUGGAUGGUGUAGUCGACCCUCAGCUGCAGAAUUGGGGACGACAUCUACAUGAACUAUGGAAGUCUCUUGGAAGGAAGAUUUCUACUGAAGUUCAAGAUGAACCAGAAAAGUACUCCCAGAUAUUCGUGGAGCAUCCUGUCAUUGUUCCUGGUGGCAGAUUCAGAGAGUUUUAUUACUGGGAUUCCUAUUGGACGAUUGACGGCCUCCUUCUCUCUGGCAUGGACAAGACGGUGAGAGGGAUGCUUCAAAACUUCCUUGAGAUGGUGGAGACAUACGGUAUGGUCCCUAACGGAGGCCGAAGAUACUACACUCGUCGCAGCCAGCCACCAUACCUCAUACCUAUGUUUCACCUCUACAUGGAACACACCAACGAUAUCGACUUCCUCAGGGAAAACAUCGACCUUUUAGAGAAAGAAUUCCAGUUCUGGGAGAACAACAGAUCUGUGAUAGUGACAGACAACGAGGGAAAGGCGCAUACAAUCGCUCAUUACAUAUCAGAAGUGGGUGAACCUCGGCCUGAGUCUUACAGGGAAGAUUACGACCUUGCUGAAAACCUAAAUUCCGAAGCAAAAGACCAGCUUUAUGUUGAACUGAAGUCAGGUGCCGAGUCAGGAUGGGACUAUUCUACUCGCUGGAUUGUAAACAAUGGCAGCAACAAGGGUUCUCUGAAAGACUUGAAGGUUACUUCCAUUGCUCCAGUAGAUCUAAACAGUCUCCUUUGCGUCAACGCAAGAUUUCUCAGUGAAUUUUAUCGAAGAGUGGGAAACUAUACGAAGGAGAAAUAUUAUGACGAUCUGGCAACGGUUAAGAACACCACAAUGGCUGAGCUUUUUUGGGAUAAGACAGAUGGAGUAUGGUAUGACUUUGACAUCAAAACACAGCAGAAAAGAAGAUACUUCUACAUGUCUAACAUCCAUCCAAUCUGGAGUGGUUGUUAUGGUCAAGAAGAUUCAAGGGCGCACACUAUGGAAAAGGUUAUUUCAUAUCUCAAAGCGAAUAAAGCCAUCGAUUAUGUAGGGGGUGUUCCAACAUCUCUUGAGAACAGUGGACAACAGUGGGAUUUUCCCAAUGCAUGGGCUCCACUUCAGCACAUACUCAUCCUGGGUGUUUACAACGCUCGUCCUAUACACCAUGAAGCAGAGAACUUAGCCUUCAGCCUGGCAGAGAAAUGGAUACGGAAUAACUGGUUGGCUUAUACUCAGUCAACUCCUAAUGCCAUGUUUGAGAAGUAUAGCGUGGAAAGGCUGGGCCUGCCGGGAGGUGGUGGAGAGUAUGAUGUUCAACUUGGGUUUGGGUGGAGCAAUGGUGUGGCCAUGCGCCUCUUAACCAUCUUCAGAGAUCGUUUGACUGCAACAACAGGAGGGUCAAUCACUGUUCAGCCACCUUCACUGUUGGUCGUUGGUGUUGUUACUUACCUGUCAUCUACCCUAUGGCAAUAAGUUUUGGUCUCACUAAAUUUCACUGUUGCUGACAAGUUAGCAUGCCCUGUUCAAUUGUCUUUUCAUUCUAAUUCAUACAAAAAUAAAUAUCUAGUAUAGUUAAAUGCCACUUACAGUCUAUCAACUGCAUGAUAUGAUGAGGAAACGUUCAAUGAUGUCUAGUUAUUUGAGAUGAUAAGCAUUGUUUACAUAUAUAUAUAUAUA